AUGAAGGUUGCAGUGCUGGACUUGGGAACUAUCUUUGCAAAAAUCUUCACCACUUCUGCUUCUCCUGUGGUGCCUCCGGUUGGUUCUUCAAGCAGCGGGUCCCCUGCCUCUCCUCGUGGACCGCCAGCCUCAGUAUCCAAAACGACGCCUUUCAUUUCUUCCCUGUUCAGUGUCUCAGGGAAAACCCCCGUGCUGUCUGGAACAGCCCCCGGCCCAGAGUGCCCUGCCGCACUGAAAGUCUGCAGCGCCUCCCCACUCCCCUCGGCCAGCGGGACGAAACCAGCCGGCCUGAGCACGGGGGCUGCCAAUUCGGCCCCAGCGAGACCGACGCCGAGCUGCAGCCCGGUUGGUCGAGGUGCGGCGAGAACCGCGCAAGCUCACAGUGAAGCCGCCGGUGUUGUGAUGGGCAGCACGGCAAGGUCUCCCGUCCACGUCGCGGAGAACGUUGGCUGGAACCCGCCCAUCAAACAGUAUCCGUUCGCUUUGCCCGACAUCGGCGAGGAGUGGUUGACAGAUACCGAGUCGGUGGAAAGUAACAACGCAAAGAAGGGGUUACUAAAAGGAACCACCGACUAUCUUCCUGAGAAAGCAAUUGAUUCUCUUCCAACUAAUUUUACAAAACAUGUCGAAGGAGCAAUUCAUAGUUACAACAGUGGUGACUCCAUUGUAUCAGAAUCAUCUAUUGGGCAGACUACUCCUAUUGACCUUAACAAUUCUUGGUCUGGAAUCCAGAGCUAUACAACAAGCCUGUCAACUGACUGUAGUUCAGUGUACUCCUGGAGAGAUGAUGAAUUUGACAAAGCAAAUACGCAGACAGUGCAUCAACUUUUCUGGGAAAUCGAUGAGAUGUUGUUUGAGGGAAAGGUGAGCUGUCGAACUGAAAGCAUUCAAACCGAAUGUCGAGAGUGGGUGGAACGUUCGCCCCAGCUCAGGAUAUUGGGAACCCAGCUCUUGUCGCCAAAAGAUGAAGGCUUUCAAUAUUUCCAGAGCAGAGGAAACAGCUCCAUGCCAACUAGACCUUUGCCUAGUUUCUAUGAAAGCACCAGUGAUAUGAAAGAACUUAGCCUUUUGGGAGUACGUCUGCUUCCUACACACUCUCCCUUCCAUAGUUCAAACUCCACCAUAAGUUCCCUCGACUCGGAGCGCUCCGUUUUCUCAUUCCUAGAGGAGGAGAUUUAUGAUACGGAUGGAAGUAUUGAAGAGUAUUUUGCAUUUGACAGUAAAGAAUGUAUUAGUGAAGAUGAGAGUUUAGAACAAAAGAAAGUUCAAGUUGCUCAGAGGAGAAAUAAACGGGGCAUUCCUCCCAUUUCUCCCCAUGCCUGCAUUAAAGAUGCUGUAUCAGCGGAGAUAUUUAAUGAUAUCUGGCGAGAUGUGAUUGGUGUGUUGGAAGAGCUGAUCAGGAAACACUGGGAAAACAACCUUUCAGGAGAGGCGAAGCAAACAGCAAGCAUGCAAUGUGCAAUAAUGAGCAAAAUGCCUCAUAUCAAUGACUCACGAAUCAUCAUAACAAACUAUAGUGUUCCACCAUCGAGAGGCUCUGAAGCACGAUUCUUGACCCUAGGCACCUCUUCCUUCCACUCUCAGGCUGAUCGCAUGGCAAACACUUACCGUAAUGAUUUAAAUGGUGUCAUGACCAUUCAAGCCAAACCACUUCAGCAGAGACAUACAGGAUUAUCUGAAAAAACACAAUGCGACCAAGAUGAAAAGCAGCUAAGUACAGGCUCCAGUGUUUUGUCUACUACAAGAAAUCGCGUGGGACGGACAACAGAGCACAGUGUUCUCUCAGCAUCUCGCAUUAUUCAGGCAUCUUCAAGAAAGACAGUGACACAACGAAAGCUACCAUCACUUAGUUCCGAACUGCUGAAGCUGAAAGCCUCCAAUGUCAACAGCGAUGAGAUUCUCAGGGGAACUAAAUUUACCAAUGCUUCUACAACUUAUAAGAGCUCUCAGUAUGUUGAAGCAAUUACAAAGGCCCACAGUGGAGCAAGACAUCAAGUACAUCAGCACUUCGCACUAAAGAGACACACUGGACUAGACCAACUCACCUCUCCAUCACAAGUGACUCGUCAUAACCAGCUGCCACCCAUUAAUUCUGAGUCAGCAGAAAUGCACCUUCCCCUGCCUGGAUCAGUACCACAACUGAGAGGAAGAUUUUCGCACAGCCGAGUUUCAAGUGCAGUUGGAGAAGGAACAGGACGCCGACCUCUCAGGGAACGACCAUUUGCUUUGGAUACUUCUUCAAGGCCGAACACAACUCACACAUUUAGGUCUGAUACUCCUUUCAAAAGGUCGUUCACACCAAUGGACUAUGGCAGCCAAGCACGGUUAGGACGGGCUUCCUUUACAGGUCCACAAGUUCAUCUUCAGUCCAAAACAUUCAACCGUUUUCCUGCAAAUUCCAAGAAACGAUCCCAGGUGGUCCAGUAAGUCCAGCGACUGGAGAGAUGAAAUUGGGAGGUAAUGAGGAUAACCUGCUAAUGUCAGGUCAGAGUUCACUGGAUUGAUGGAAAACAAUAUGAAAAUUCAAAGAGCUUGAAGUGCAAAGACUUGCUUCAAUGUGCCACAAUGGUCUCAAGCACUGAGUUAUCUGUCUUCCUUUUAAUAUGUCUAUAAACCAAACUAUGCAAUAAAAUCAUUUUUCACAGGAACUCUCCAGACAACUUGUCAGAACCUCAGGAAGUUCACUCUGGGACUAUAUCAUUUGCAGGUAUCAUAAGUGGAGACAGAUAGAUUGGUGUGGAGAUGGUAUCUGGGGUUUGUCAGUUCCCUGCCCACUCACUGGGCAAACCCCUGAUAUGAGAAGCUAGCUCCACCACUGCCUGACAUCUUUAUUCUGGUGAACGCAGCUGGCCAGGCAGCAUCUCUAGGAAGAGGUACAGUC